AGCAGAUCAGUGAAGUGCAUUUGUAAAUUCAAAUUCCCCCCCCCCUCCCUCUCUCCAUCAGAUGGUGAUGAUGAUCCUGCAGGUUUGUCCUGGGUACCCUCCUCCCCCUCCAGCAAAGACGUGGCAUCACCAUCUCAAAUGCCUGAUGGUUGCUGUGACCUUGGCAUGGGCACUGGGGGUGAGGAAGAAGGAGGUGCAGGCCUGCCUUACCCAUGCCAGUUCUGUGACAAGUCCUUUAGUCGUCUGAGCUAUCUGAAGCGCCACGAGCAGAUCCACAGUGACAAACUGCCUUUCAAGUGUACCUUCUGCAGCAGACUGUUCAAACACAAGAGGAGCAGAGACCGCCAUGUCAAACUCCACACAGGUGAUAAGAAGUACAGUUGUCAGGAGUGUGAGGCUGCCUUCUCCCGCUCAGAUCAUUUGAAGAUUCAUCUCAAGACACACAGCUCCAGCAAACCAUUUAAGUGCAGUGUGUGUAAACGUGGCUUCUCCUCAACCUCAUCUCUGCAGAGCCACAUGCAGGCUCACCGCAAGAACAGGGAGCACCUAGCCCUGAGGUCUGAGAGGGAUGGAGGGAAAAAGGGAGGAGGAGAGGGCGAGCUGGAGCAGGACUUGUAUAUGUGUGAUUACUGCGAAGAGACAUUUAGUCAGACAGAUGAGCUGGAGAAACACGUCCUGACCAGACACCCCCAGCUGUCUGACCGAGCCGACCUGCAGUGUAUCCACUGUCCUGAGAUCUUCCUAGACGAAGCCUCACUGCUCACGCAUAUCGAAACGCAGCAUGCCAACCGCAAACACAAAUGCCCCGUUUGUUCAGAGCAGUUCCCCUCUGUGGAAGACGUCUACUGCCACCUGGACAGCCACCGUCAGCCUGAUUCUUCCAACCACAGUGCUGCCAGCCCCGACCCGGCCCUGGGCAGUGUGGCGUCUAUGAGCUCAGCCACUCCAGACUCCAGCGCCAGCCUGGAGAGAGGCUCCACACCUGACUCUACCCUGAAACCCAGUCAGGGUAGUGAGCGAGGACGUAGGAAAGCUAAUGAUGCUGGAGAAGAGUUGGGUCUAAGCCUAGGUCAUCAUGGUGGAGGUGGAGGGGGGUGGGGCAAAGUGACCUACUCUUGUCCCUAUUGCUCUAAGAGGGACUUCCAUAGCCUGGCUGUGUUGGAGAUCCACCUGAAGACCAUCCAUGCAGACAAGCCCCAGCAGAGCCACACCUGUCAGCUCUGCUUGGACACCCUGCCUACGCUCUACAACCUUAACGAGCAUGUGCGCAAAGCCCACCGGGCCAGUGUCGGCGCUGUAGGAGCAGCUGCUGCUUUCCCCCUGCUGCAGUUCACCAAUGUGUCGGCGUUCCACUGUAACUACUGCCCGGAUAUGUUUGGAGACAUCAACUCUUUGCAGGAACACAUCAGAGUGUCUCACUGCCUCCCUGGAGGGAUUGUGGCUGGAUCUACCACAUUAGAAGGGAACCAUGCAUUCUUCUGCAAUCAGUGCUCUAUGGGCUUCCUGACAGAGUCUUCAUUGACAGAGCACAUCCAGCAGACCCACUGUAGCUCUGUUGCAGGGGGGGGAGCUGCAUCUGGAGGAACUGUGGCCAAACUAGAGUCCCCUGUGCUGCAGGCUGCAUCCCAGUCCUUCAUGGAGGUUUACUCCUGUCCUUACUGCACCAACUCUCCCAUCUUCGGCUCACUCCUCAAGCUCACUAAGCAUAUCAAGGAGAACCACAAGAACAUUCCGUUGGCCAACAACAAGCGCCAGGCCAAGGUCGCUGACCUAAGCCCCGCCUCCUCUGAUGUAGAGAUCUCCUCCCCGAAGCGCCACAGGUUGGGAGGGGACUCCACUCCUGCUGCUGGGUCCAACGGGGAUUACCCAUGCAACCAGUGUGACCUGCGCUUCACAAGCUUCGAGGGUUUCCAAACCCAUCUCAAGUCCCACCUAGAGAUGCUACUAAGGCGCCAAUCCUGCCCCCAAUGCAACAAGGAGGACUUUGAAACUCAGGAGGCAUUGCUGCAACAUCUGACGGUGCACUACACCACCACGUCCACCCAGUAUGUGUGCGAGAGUUGUGAUAAACAGUUCUCCUCGGUAGAUGACCUGCAGAAACACCUGCUGGACAUGCACACCUUUGUCCUGUACCACUGUACUCUCUGUCAGGAGGUGUUUGACUCCAAGGUGUCCAUACAGGUGCACCUGGCGGUGAAGCACAGCAACGAGAAGAAGAUGUUUCGCUGCACAGCCUGUACCUGGGACUUCAGGAAGGAGACAGACCUCCAGCUCCACGUUAAACACAACCACCUGGGCCAAAGCUCAGCUCUGGCCGGGGGGCUCGGCACAGGGCUUAAACCACGGAAGUGCAUCUUCUGUGGGGAGACGUUUGGGACAGAGGUGGAGCUCCAGUGCCACAUCACCACACACAGCAAGAAGUUCAACUGCCGGUUCUGCGGAAAAGCCUUCCACGCCAUCACGCUCCUGGAGAGGCACCUAAGGGAGAAACACUGUGUCUUCGAUGGCGGGAUCAUCACCGGUAACGGGGGAGGUGCAGGCAGUGGAGGGAGCCAUAAUGGGACGCCCAAUGGGGUCCCGCAUUCCUCCAAGCGGGGAGGGGGCGGAGGAGCUGGGGGAAAUGGAGGUACUGGAGGAGGCCUGGGUGGAGUGGAGAGGUCGACGGUGGUAGCUGCCGAACAGGCUGACCUCCAGAAUAUCCUGCUGAAGAGUGGGGUUGUGGGAGGAGGAGGAGGCCAAGGUGGAGACACAGUCAACAGCCACGAGGCGAGCGGCGGGGAGGAGGAAGUGGACAACUCGGAGCCCAUGUACGCUUGCGACAUAUGUGGAGCGGCUUACACCAUGGAGUCACUGCUGCAGAAUCACCGCCUACGAGACCACAACAUCCGACCGGGAGAGGAUGAUGCAGGUUCUCGUAAGAAGAAGGCCGACUUUAUCAAAGGGAACCACAAGUGCAACGUGUGCUCCAGAACCUUCUUCUCUGAGAACGGCCUUCGUGAGCACGCCCAGACGCACCGUGGGCCGGCCAAACACUACAUGUGCCCCAUCUGUGGCGAGCGUUUCCCCUCUCUGCUAACGCUCACUGAACACAAGGUAACCCACAGUAAGAGCCUUGACACAGGGACCUGUCGGAUCUGCAAGAUGCCCCUGCAGAGCGAGGAGGAGUUUAUCGAACACUGCCAGAUGCACCCAGACCUCCGCAACUCCCUCACCGGCUUCCGCUGUGUCGUCUGCAUGCAGACCGUCACCUCCACACUGGAGCUGAAGAUCCACGGCACCUUCCACAUGCAGAAGCUCUCCACCAGCUCCACGCUAGCAGGAGUUGGAGGGGGAGGUGGGAAUGGCGGAACUGGAGGAGGAGGAGGAGGCGGGAACAGAUCGGCCUCCACAUCUCCCAACGGGCAGCUGCAGCAAUACAAGCACUAUAAAUGUGCCUUGUGUCUCAAGGAGUUCAAGAACAAAGGGGAACUGGUGAAGCUGGAUGUCAACGGCCUGCCAUAUGGCCUCUGUGCUGGCUGCAUGAGCAGGGGCACCAAUGGCCAAAGCCCCAGCCAGGGAGGUGCUGCCACGCCGGGGGAAGUCCAGGCAGAGAAGGCUGCAGCUGGACUUCGGUGUCCGGAGUGUGGGGUGAAAUUUGAGAGCCUGGAGGACUUAGAGAGCCAUGUCCAGACAGACCAUCCCGAGAUCAGUCCUGAAACCAGCAUGGCGGGGAAGAAGGCUGAGGCAUCACCUGCACCCAAGAAAAAAACCUACCAGUGUAUUAAAUGCCAAAUGACGUUCGAGACAGAGAGAGAGAUCCAGAUCCAUGUCGCUAAUCACAUGAUUGAGUCAUCUUGGCCCCGACACUGCUGAGCACAGGG